CACGACAUCUGAAAAAUUUAAGAAUAGACAAUUUGCGGAACGCCAGCUUUAUGACUUGCACUGCCAAAUCAAGGAAUGAUAGCCGAAAACUACUACUCCACGUCCUGUCAACCAGAAGAGAAAAAUGAGGAAGUAAAAUCGGAACCUUUGCAAGAAAAUAAAAACGUGUCAUGUAGCGAAACCGAGUUUUCAACGUCGAUUCAAGAACGGCCUGCCGAAGCGAGUUUUGAAGAAUGCGAACAAUUCGUAUCGAAUUUCUGGUCGAAAAUAACGAAACGAGCCGAGCCGAAAAAAGAGAAAGGCUGGUUUGAAAAAUAUAUUCUUGAAGAUGUGAAGAAAUGCUACACGCCUUCAGCGGCGACGUCGUACUAUCAAUACCACAGGAGGGUCGAAGGGGACUGCGACGACGCUUGUUUUAAUCCGGGAAAUGAUCAUCCUGGACCAGCACGGGAAAUGGGAACCGCAUUGAGUGAAUCUGACGACAAAUGUACGAGGUUAUUCUGCCCACGUUUGUUUUGCUACAACAGGCAUCCUAGGACGUUGAUGUGCUGUUUGGCAAAACUGCUGACUGCAGCGUUUCAGUUAAUUGCUAUAGGGGCAGCGUGUUACUUCCUACACAAAUGGUGGAACCUAAGAGCAGAAUACAAUGCAAUUAUCAAGGAGGUGAGAGAAGCGCAGAAUGAAAGAAUCUUGCUGGAAAACGAAUUGAUGAGUGUACAAAAUAAUCCGCGUGGUGAAAACACCUUGUACGAUGAAAUAGGCGACACCAAAAGACAAAUCAUGCUCGGCGAAAUCGAACGCAUUUCACAGUAUCUUAUAGAGGCAAAGAAUGAGAUUAUUUCACUAAUGGAAGACAGGGACCGUCUGAAGAUGGAGCUUCGCCAGGCAAUCGAAGAGAAAAACAACGCGAAACAAACAUUUAACAAUGCUGUCAAUUGUAUCGUGCAUGAUGAAACACAAGUAGAGAACGACGAGAUAGAAUGUGCCUGUCCCAUGCUCGCUCAGCAAACUCAAUCUUCAUCUCCAAGAAAGGCUAACAGGUCGACGUCGAUUUAACAAUUGUCAACGUAAACGUUCACGCAUUUUACAAAAAAUUUACUUCUUUAUCUCACAACAAACAUAUUAAAAUCGUCAAAAAGAUUA